GUUCUUUCGUUUUUUCUAGCAAACUAACGACCAACUUGCCUGAAGUAAUGUACGGUCAGGUGACAUUGUUUUGCUGUCUUUCCACGGUUGAAACGUUAAUUGUGCGAUUACUUGAGAAAAGAUACAUUACAAUGUCCACCGACGUCUCAAUGCUGCUCGCUGCUGAAAGAGUCCCACCCCCUCCCCUCGCCCCUGCCUGCAGAGGGGACAAGAGACUUCCACUUGUUCCUCCAGAGGUCCCAACCCCUGGGCUGAGAGCCAAUUGAGAAGCAGGGUUAGGAGAAAUGGGCUCAGCGGUCGGGGAGAGUCGAGGGAAAUAGGCAGAGAUCUGUCUAAUUGGGCGUAUGGGGCCAGGACAGACGUCUAUGGCCAUGUGUUCCUGGAUGGAGAUGACUGUCAGAUACGCACUUGAUCUGUAAUACCUCAAGAGACUGAAAUGAAUUGACCUGGCUUGUCAAAACUGUUUCUGAGCUGCCGGACCUGAGUGCCACAGCACACUUUCAAUUUCGACCUGCUCUUCUCACCCUCAACGUGAGCCGAGCUGGAAAACAGGGCAGCAGUUAAGAUACAAUGGCUUUAGUGUCAGCAGACACCAAAAUCGCAGAGUUGCUGAAUGAACUGCAUCAGCUGAUAAAGCAAACUCAGGAAGAGCGAUCAAGAAGUGAGCACAACCUUCUCAACAUCCAGAAAACACAUGAAAGGAUGCAGACAGAAAAUAAGACUUCUCCAUAUUAUAGGACAAAGCUGAGGGGUCUUUACACUACAGCUAAAGCUGAUGCAGAGGCUGAAUGUGGUAUACUUCGUCUGGCACUUGACAAGAUUGCCGAAAUUAAAUCCCUUUUGGAGGAGAGAAGGAUUGCUGCCAGGAUGGCAGGAGUGUACAGCGACACCGACCCACCGAGAAAGACCAUGCGCAGAGGUGUCCUGAUGACCCUGUUACAACAGUCAGCCAUGACCCUUCCUCUCUGGAUUGGCAAACCUGGCGAGAGUCCACCGCCACUGUGUGGCGCUAUACCAGCAAGCAGUGACUAUGUGGCUAAGCAGGGAGACAAGGUGGCGGCACGUGUGAAGGCCGUGGAUGGUGAUGAACAGUGGAUUCUUGCAGAAGUCGUCAGCUACAAUCACUCCACCAACAAGUAUGAAGUGGAUGACAUUGAUGAAGAGGGUAAAGAGAGACACACGUUGAGUCGGAGAAGAAUCAUUCCUCUCCCACAGUGGAAAGCAAACCCAGAGACUGACCCGGAGGCUCUGUUCAGUAAAGAUCAGCUGGUGCUAGCCCUCUAUCCACAGACCACUUGCUUUUACAGAGCUCUGAUCCACACGCCGCCACAUCGGCCCCAGGAUGACUACUCCGUUCUGUUUGAGGAUACAUCUUACGCCGAUGGCUAUUCUCCACCUCUCAACGUCGCCCAGCGAUAUGUAGUGGCCUGCAAAGAGAACAAAAAGAAGUGACAGAAAUAUGCAAUAAUGGGACAUUAUUUGCAAAAACACCCUGCAUGAUUGUUGUGAUUAAAAACAGGAUAUUGAGCAUCCAUUCUGUUUUUAUGUGCUUUUACCACACUUUUUCUGUUACCAUGUAUAUACUGUUGGUAAUGUUUUAUACUACAUCUUUUGUAUGAUGUUUUUGUGGAUCUUGAUGCAAAGAGACCAACUGCAAGUGAAUUGUGCUAAAGUAAUAAACCCUUUACACGUGAAUGAAAGGCACACAAA